AUGGAAAAGAGAAUUAAAGAGAAAGACAAAAGAGUGCAUGUGGAUUCUGUCGAGCGCUUCCAGAUGGAGCUCUAUGCUGGGCAGGCAAGGCCUAGCGCAGACUAUGACCACUGGAAAAGAAGAUUGAUUUCCUCUAUGGUGUACGACAUGCCACGCACCGAAGCUUCACUCUCAAGCUGCACAAAGGAGCCCCAAAACAUGCUGUUUUCUCCCAAAAACAAUUGGUCCAUGUGCAGAGAGACCAUGAGCACGGAACCGACUACUCUUCUUCGAGAUGGCAGAAGGGAGAGCACUGUAAGCACCCUCUACAUUUCAGCCUCCAACAUUGAAACCGGGCAGAAGAUCAUCUGCCGGGCGUCCAACAAGGCCGUGCCCAAUGGGAAAGAGACCAGUGUCACGAUUGACAUUCAACACUUACCGUUGGUGAAUCUCUCUGUGGAGCCUCAACCAGUCCUGGAGGGAAACCUGGUGAAGUUUCAUUGCUCUGCCAAAGCUAAUCCGCCAGUCACCCAAUACAAGUGGGCCAAAGGAGGAAGCAUGAUAAAGGAAGUGUCUGGAGACACUUAUGAGGUCAUAGUGGAUCACUCAUUCUUCACAGAGCCAGUUUCCUGUGAGGUCACCAACCCACUUGGGAGCACCAACAUCAGUCGGAACGUGGAUGUCUACUUUGGACCUCGGAUGGCUGCAGAGCCCCAGUCUUUACAGGUUGACCUAGGAUCCGAUGCUGUUUUUAACUGUGCCUGGACCGGAAACCCCUCUUUAACUAUUGUAUGGAUGAAAAGGGGCUCUGGGGUGGUUCUAAGCAAUGAAAACAUCCUGACACUGAAAUCUGUCAGGCAAGAGGAUGCUGGGAAGUACGUGUGCCGUGCGGUGGUCCCUCGUGUUGGAGCAGCUGAGAAGGAAGUCUCUCUCACUGUGAACGGACCUCCGACCAUCUCCAGCACACAGACCCAUCAGGCUCCACAUGGGGAAAAGGGACAGAUCAAAUGUUUCAUCCGUAGCACGCCACCCCCAGACCGCAUUGCCUGGUCCUGGAAGGAGACCGUCCUGGAGUCAGGGACGUCAGGUCGCUACACGGUGGAGACAGUAAGCACAGAGGACGGAGUGCUGUCCACCUUGACCAUGAGUAACAUCGUACCCGCCGACUUCCAGACCAUCUACAACUGCACUGCCUGGAACAGCUUUGGCUCCGAUACAGAGAUCAUUCGCCUCAAGGAACAAGAUUCCCUCCCUGUUGCUGUGAUCAUCGGCGUGGCAGUUGGCGCUUUCGUUGCUUUCAUCGUCCUCAUGGGAACCAUUGGCGCGUUCUGCUGUACGCGCUCUCAGAGAAAGAAAACAGCUCAUCCAUGUACAGAAGACGCUCACCUGGUUAUGCCUACACUGCCCACCUCCAUCUGUGCUCAGCAGAGAGAACUUGCAAGCAAAAUUAAGACAGAAAACCUCAAAGGCGUGGUAUCAGCCAAGAACGACAUCCGCGUGGAAAUUGUACACAAAGAUCACAACGCAGCCCGAGAAAACGAGGAUCACUCCGCCAUGAAACAGCUCAUGAUUGAACGGGGAGAGUUUCAGCAGGAGUCCGUUCUGAAGCAACUUGAGGUACUUCAGGAAGAGGAGAAAGAGUAUCAGCACAUCAAGGACCCCACUAAUGGAUACUACAGUGUGAACACCUUUAAGGAGCACCAUGGCACCCCAACCACGCUGGCCGGGAACCAGACCACAGAGCUCCGCCGAGACCCUGCCACAGCCACCACCGGCAAGCAGCGGGUUCCCACAGGAAUGUCUUUCACCAACAUCUACUCUACCUUGGGUGCUGGACCCAACCGCCUGUACGACUACAGCCAGCGGUUCGUGCUGGGCAUGGGCAGCAGUUCCAUCGAGCUUUGCGAGCGAGAAUUCCAGCGAGGAUCGUUGAGUGAUUCCAGCUCUUUCCUGGACACACAGUGCGACAGCAGCGUCAGCAGUUACAGCAAGCAGGAUGGUUAUGUGCAGUUCGACAAGGACAGCAAGGCCUCAGCCUCGGCCUCUUCCUCGUCCCAUUACUCUCAGUCAUCGUCCCAGAACUCAGACCUCACACGGCCACUGCAGAAACGCAUGCAGACCCACGUCUGACUGCAGGAGAUGGACAGAGGAAUCCAGCGCUAGCAUUGGCCAAAGGGGAUUGAAUCCCCCCAACCCCACAGAUGCGAAUCAGGAACAAGUUCAAGCACAUCUAGCACACCAGUUUCAUUUGAUCCUCCACUUCUUUUGCUUUGAACAUUUAUUUGAUAUCUGUGAAUUUCCUAAUUUGUCCAGAUCUUAUUUACAGCUCUGAAAAGCCUUACUGGUUUCAGAACCUUGUCUUGACCCUUCCGAAUGCCCUAAAUAUCUGGGCCAAAAACGUCCUCCAAACAACAGUGUGCCACAGUGAUGUCACAUGCCAAUGGAGAAAGACACAAGACCCUGAACAAAUCUAGUGUCCUAGAUGCCGUUCCAGUAACUUUGGAACAGCUCUGAAUGAAUGACUUCCUCGAAGAAAGCAUAGCAACAAUGCUCAAAUGAACUCUUCGAAGAGAGUUCUGUGGUCCAUUCACUAGAGGACAAUGCUCUGUUGCUCCUGUACAUUAAAGCACAACUGUCAAAGCUGUAUGUAAGAUUUCUCAAUGCCUCUACCACAGCUAGCUAAACAAAUUAAAAAAAUAUAAAAGGACAAAAAAAAAAGAAAUAGAUCAAUGUAUGAACUGAAUUAACAACUAAAGUCAGUCAGAAUUCUUGGAUUCUGACCCUUCUGACAAAGGUUUGUCUGACAUACAAAUAUGAGAUGUGGCUCUGAGCUGUCACUUUACCAUUCAGAGAGAAGAUAUAUUUGUGUACUUUGUUGUUCUUUCUUUCUGAGCAUUCUUUAUUUUCAGUGUUUUAACAACAUGGUUU